GAUGGCUAAUUCCGCAUGAAUGUGAUGUAAUGUUGAAGCUUUGCCCCAAAAUUGUAGUAAGAAGUGGUGCCAAGAUGAAAAGAAAGGAAGGAAAGAGAAACUAACUAAUGACAAAGUUUUUUAUCAGAAGAAAAGAAACUGGUACAGAGUGAAGCAGCGAUUUCCCACCACCUGAUGAUGUUACUGAAGACAUGGCACAAGGAACUUUCCAAGUGUUCCCUGGAAGGAACAAACCCAGUUAUCAUCAACCAACGUGGGUGAAAUAAGAUUUAAGGAGCAUUUCUAAAUGUGGAUGAGGGGGCAAGAUCCAUUGUGCCAGAUCUCCUUCUGUCUCCUUCCUCCAUCGUCCCUCCUUCGAUCCUUCCGUCCCAACUUCCAUCCGAUCGACGGUCUGGAGAAAAGCUAAUAACAGUCCAGGAGUCCCCGUCAGGACCCCUAGGCGUCCCUGUGCUUGCCUGCCAAAAACGUCUGCAUCUCCUGGACCCCCUCGAGGCAGGGGACAGCCAAAUGUCACUUGGACCCUCUACAGAGUGCUAACCAGACAGCACCGUAACAUGAAGUUAUGGAGGAACGAAAGCUAAAAAGAAAGAGUCCCAGGACAACCACCAACACGGCAGCUCCGACUAGUGUCUCUGGCCGGAAAACCAACGCUUCCUCCGGAGGACGACACGUAGGCUACAGCCAUAACAUGGGGACUCACUCCAGCCAAAAGAGCAAGAGUAGGAGGGGAGUUAGAGAUAAACCCAGGCAUCAUGUGGGCUUGGGUGGUAAAGCUAGUCAGAGCCAGGGCCAGGCAGCACCUACCAUCCAGCACUCCUUUCUGACUGAUGUUUCAGAUGUACAGGAAAUGGAGAAUGGCCUGCUGAGCCUCCUUAACGACUUCCACUCAGGGAAACUACAAGCAUUUGGCAACGAGUGCUCCAUUGGCCAGAUGGAGCAUGUGAGAGAGAUGCAGGAGAAGCUGGCCCGUUUGCACUUUGACCUCUAUGGUGAGGUGGACGAAAUGCCCGAGGACCAGAGGAAAACAGCCUGCGACACCAACAUGGACAAAUUACUCCUUAAUCUUGAGGAGCUGAGUUCUUCUAUUCAGAAACUGAAUCUAGCAGACUCCCAAGAGAUACCGAGGACUGCCAGCAUGUGAUUUUCUCUUCUCCUCUCUUCUCUUCUCAAUCACAUCUGACCCGACUGUUUGUUUUAUGUCACCUAGAGGGGCACCAACAGAUAAGGUGGAGUUGAAUCAAGUUUGAGGCACUAUUUCUCUUAAAUAUUAUGGCAGAAAUGGCAACAAAGCUGUUCACCAGCGUUCCCUGUCUGUACAGGGAAGAUGGAUGUAUUGUAAGAUGUCCCUACAGGGAUGCACUGACAGCCUUAUUUUUCACUAAUAUUGAUUAGAAAAUAGUUCUAAUCCUAUCUUCUAUCUCAGCAAGAGGACAAUAAUUAACUUACUGAAAUAUGAUUGAAUUUCACCACCUCCUCUGAUAAAUCAGAUACAGUAUAUUCACUUUUCUCUCAGUCAGAGUUAUGAGAUCUUAAGCUACUAUCUGACCUACAGUACAGUUUACUUUACAUAUUGGCAUUGGUGCAUCCCUGCCAUGGCCUGUUUUUAAAGUCAAGUUGUGGUCAAUUCACUAAUUCCCAAACAGUCUACAUUUGCAAUACAUUGCUAACCAAAGUGAUACUGAUAUAAAGCACUCACCUUGUUUUGUAGAUUCAUUCACAAGUCCUUGAAAGGAAAUCUUCAGUGUUUAUUUAUCGGCUUUUAAAAGUGAACUGACUGCAAACUUGCUCCUUUUAGCUAUUUUAAUAUAUAUAUCUCAUUCUGUUGCACUUUGUCUUAUCUAUUGUCACAGGUCAAUCAGUGUCUGUAACAUGACAAACUAAAGACCCAGAGCUAGACUUAUCAAAAUAUAGAAACAGAAAUAUGUUUAGAAUUGUUUCUCAACAUAGAGCUUUAAACCCAAGUUUAUAUCUUAACUGUGAGACAAUAAAAAGCUAAAAAAUAUUCCCUGAUAAGAUUAAAUGGUAAUUAAAUUAAUAAAAUCUUAAAUAACGUUUAAAAGCACAGUAGAUUCUGACCAUAGAAACUGCGCUGUAUGUUAUGGGUAAAACAAAUAAGCCGUGACCCCAGUUUGUGAUUUUGCAUAUGAUUUCUUGCUACAUGUCAGUGGCCUGAUAUCACCUCCAACACCUUGCUCAGUGUUGAAUAUAUUUGCACAUAUCCAUGCAACAUGUGUAACACACUGCACAUUAUCACUGGUGUGUUGGUUUGACGGUGGAAAAGAAUAAUCCAAAUGUUGAUACCACAACCAUGCCUUAAUUUUUUAAUUUAAUCAUUUUUGCCUUAUAUGUUAUAACCUUUUAAUUGACGUACAUAGAACAUGUUGAUUUUAGGUUUGGUGUUUUAAAAUAAUAUAAUCAUUUGAUGCUGCUUUGAUUGUAAAUCCUACUUUAUUUUGUCGCUUCUUAUUUUAACCAGUGUUGUUGGGUGGGAUGAGGGAUGAUAUUUAAGUGUUUUGCUGUUUUAUCUGUUUGGUGAUUUUAUUUUUAUUGACUAAAUAAAUGUGUUGUUUGAAAAUGUUG